AUGGUCAAACACUGGAACUACGAAAACGACGAUGUCGUGUUGGGCGCAUUGAGGGGCCUCGUGGCGCUGAACCCGGCCGUCAGCUUUAUUCCUUCUGAAAAGGUUGUCUUCAACAAGAACCACAAAUCAAAAGUCGCCAUCAUCAGCGGAGGCGGCCUGGGUCACGAACCGCUUCAUGCUGGCUUUGUGGGCGACAAUCUCCUUGAUGCCGCCGUGGCAGGAACCAUUUUUGCCUCGCCUUCUACAAAACAGAUUAUGGCUGGUGUCAAGGCUACAGCAGAUAAGCAGAAAGGCGUCAUUGCCGUGGUCAAGAACUACACCGGAGACGUGUUGCAUUUCGGCUUAGUGGCCGAGAGAGCCAAGAGAGACGGCUACAAGGUGGAGCUCGUGGCUGUGCUGGACGAUGUUGCCGUUGGAAGAACUCAGAACGAAAUGGUGGGAAGAAGAGGCAUUGCAGGCACUGCCUUGGUGCACAAGGCCUUGGGAGCUGCUUCUGCCCAGGAGGGUGCUGAGAUCGAGCAAUUGGCUCAGUUGGGCCGCUCCGUGAACGACGCCUUGGUCACUAUGGGUGCCUCUUUGGAUAGGACUACUGUUCCAGGAAGAGACAGCGACGAGGGUGAAGUAACCGGUGAAAAUACCGCUGAACUCGGUCUUGGAAUUCACAAUGAGCCAGGCGAGAAGUUGCACCCUAUUCCUAAGGCUUCGGAGUUGGUGGACUUGAUGUACAAGCGCUUGUUGGACAAGAACGACAAGGAGAGACACUACCUUGAAUUUGGCGACAACGACGACUACGUGUUGCUUAUUAAUAACAUUGGCGGCACUUCGUCGCUUGAGCUCUACGCCUUGGCCAAUUACGCCAUCUCCAGAGUGCCCUUGAAGAAGAAGCCAUCGAGAGUCUACAUUUCCGACUUUGUCACUUCCUUGAGCAGCCCAGGCUUCUCCAUCACCUUGCUCAACUUGAACAAGGCCGCCACGGAAACGUACACCAAGGAGGACGUUCUUGGCUUUUUGGAUACUCCUACCAACGCUCCUGGCUGGAAACCCAAGAUCUACUCCGACGAGCAAUGGCAGAAUCCUGAGCCAGAGAUUAAGGAGCUGCCUGUGGCUCAUGCCGAGUACCUCCAACUGGACGCUAAGGUUGACGGUGCUGCUUUUGGCGAGCUGCUCAAGAGAGCUAUGGAGUUGUUGAUUUCGAAGGAGCCUGAAAUCACCAAAUACGAUACCCAGGUGGGUGACGGUGACUGUGGAGAGACGCUCAAAAACGGCGCUGAGGCGAUCUUGAAGGCUCUUUCUUCCGACAAGCAGUUCAAGGAAAACCUCAACGAUCUCGUUGCUACCGUGAGCGCCAUCACCGAAAUCGUCGAGGACGAAAUGGGUGGUACCUCCGGCGGUAUAUAUGCCAUCUUUUUGACGAGUUUCGCCAAGAACCUCCAGCAGGCCAAAUCCAUUGACGUCAAGCUGGUGAGCAAGGCCUUGUCCGAUGCGCUCUACGAGGGUUUGUUCAAAUACACCAAGGCCAGAAAGGGCGGUCGUACCUUGGUGGACACUUUGCAGCCAUUUGUGGAUACUUUAGUGGAAACCGGCGAUGUGGAUAAGCUGGUGAAGGCUGCUAAGGAUUCCUGUGACAAUACCGCCAAGUUGCAGGCCAAGUUUGGUCGUGCUUCCUACGUCAACGAAGAGGAAUUUGCAGGCGGUGUUCCUGACCCAGGUGCUGUUGGUCUUUUGGCCAUCAUCCAGGGAUUCCUCAACAAAUAG